CUUUGAAUAACAUGUUAAUAAACUAUUUAUAUUAUUUUUGAAAAGCGUCUUAUUCUUUAGACAAGGCUUUUCAAGAGAAAUUAGGCAACACAUAAACUUUACUCGUCAAUUACAAGUUGAAAACAGCUGUUAAUUCAGUAAAAAAUAUGAAAAAAUUUAGAAUGCUUUAUUUUAUUUUCUUCUUUGGUCUUCUUGACGAGUGCAAAGUUCUGGGUGCUGAAACGAACGAACCAGCGAGCAGCAAUGUUUGUACAAAUACUGAAUGUCAAGAUUUUGCGUCUAUGAUCCGACAGUUUAUGAAUCCCAAGGUAGACCCGUGUGAUAACUUUUACCAAUUUGCAUGUGGUAAUUACACGCAAAACGCAGUGAUUCCGAAAGAUGAGGGUUUCAUCAACAGAGAUAGUUUUAUCGAAGAAAAAGUGAAGAACCAACUUAAAAUUAGCAUUGAAGAGGGAAUUCAGACAAAUGAACCAAGAUUCAUCACAUUAGCGAAAAACUUGUACAAUGGUUGCAUGAACACAUCUGCCAUUGAAGAAAAUGGUCUCAAGACAGUCUUAGAUGAAUUUAAAGAAUUAGGUGGCUGGCCUGUCCUAGAAGAGGACUCCUGGAAAGAGGAAAAAUUCGAUUGGAAAAAUACAACUUAUGCUAUGGGCAAAUUGGGAUAUGGAACAAAUUACUUAUUUGAUUUCAAACCUUCCGUAGAUUUGUUAAACAGCUCAAGACUUGUCCUAACGAUCGACCAACCAGCCCUUAGUAUUGGUCGCGAAUAUUUAAUAGAAGGGUUCAAUAACAAGAUUGUCAAUGCGUACUACAAUUUCACGGUUGAAAUUGCCGUUCUUUGUGGUGCAAAUCUUACUAGAGCUGAAGAAGAAUUAAAGGAAUCUCUCGAAUUUGAAAUUAAACUUGCGAAAAUCUCUGUAAGCGAUGAAGAUAGAAGUGAUAGUACUGCUUUCUAUAACCCCAUGAACGUUAGAGAGCUAUCAAAACAAUAUCCAAGUAUUCUCUGGAAGGAAUACUUUAACUCAAUUCUCCAACCGAUCGUGAUUGAUGAUGAAGAACUGAUAAUAGUGACCGUGCUUGAUUAUUUCAAAGAAUUUGAAAAACUAAUAAAAAAUACACGAUCAAAAAGGGUGCUGGCUAAUUAUCUCUUAUGCAGAGCACUUCAAGAAGAUGUCGAUUUAUUAACAAAUGCAUUUCGAAAUAGCAAAAUGAAGUUGUCAACUAUAGUCAACGGUCCAGUUGAAAGGCAAGUCCAAUGGAAGGAAUGCCUGGAUAUGGUAUCUAGUGAACUAGAAUUUAUUAUUGGUGCUCUAUAUGUCAGGAAGUAUUUCUCACCAGAAUCUAAAAAAAAGGCAGAAGAAUUAGCAGUCGAUAUUGAACAACAGUUCAAAGCAAUGCUUCAAGAGAUCGACUGGAUGGACGAAGAUACAAGGAAACUUGCUUUAGAUAAACUUGCAUCGAUAAAAAAUUUCAUUGGUUACCCUAAAGAACUUACAGAUGAAAAGAAACUUGACGAAUUCUUCCAGAAGUUAGAAGUAAAUCCGAAUAAUUACAUAAAAGCAGCUGGAAACAUAUCCAUUUUCUGGUCGCAAUAUUAUUUCGGUCAAUUGAGACAGUCUGUCAACAAAGCUGAUUGGAAAACCCACAGUGAUGUUACUGUUGUAGAAGCUUUCUAUCUUGUAGAGGAAAACAGCGUUUUAUUCCCUGCUGCAAAUCUGCAAGACAUUUACUUUCAUAAAGACAGACCUCAGUACAUGAAUUAUGCUCUAACUGGUUUUAUUGUUGGACACGAAAUCACUCAUGGGUUCGAUGCCGUAGGUAGCCAAUACGAUAAAAAUGGAGAGCCUAAGAAUUGGUGGACUCCAGAUACAGAAAAGAAAUUUCUUGAGAAAGCAGAUUGCAUUAUUAAGCAGUACGGAAAUUACAUUGCUAAAGAAGUCGACUUAAAAGUGAAUGGCACCAGUACUCAAGAAGAAAACAUUGGAGACAAUGGAGGAAUGCGUUUAUCUUACCUAGCCUAUCAAAAUUGGGUGGAACGAAACGGACCCGAACCCACUUUGCCUGGGUUAAGCUAUUCCCCAUCACAACUUUUUUGGAUCAGUUCAGCCAGCAUGUGGUGUAAAAAACAAACACCAGAGUAUCUAAAAGAUUACAUUACAUACGACCCCCAUAGUCCUCCAGAAUUUAGAGUCAUAGGGACAAAUUCUAACAGGCCGGAAUUCACAAAAGACUUUCAUUGUCCACCAGGUUCAGCAAUGAAUCCAGAUAAGAAAUGUUCUAUAUGGUAAUUCCCUUCUCGAAAAAUAUUAUUAUUAUUGUCUACUAAGGCGGGUCCAUUUAAGUCCUGUAUAUCUGCGGUUCAAAAUUUAAGAGCUCUCGCUACUAAAGCAUCAUUUAAGUCGAAAAAUAUAUGUAAAUAAUCUAUUUCAGUGUAAAAUAAAUCUAUCAAUGCAUUCUUCUCAAUAAACUAAUACUGUAAAUAUAA